UUGCCAUGGCAACAAGCUAGAGCAUCGCCAUUUUGUCAGGAGGGUUUUUUUCCCCCCCAAGCUCAGUCGUUUCAAAUGUUCUCCCUUCCCGCCGGAAUAAUGCUGUCAAUGGAUAUACAUUUGACGUUUUUGGAUAACGAGACGCGUCUAAUGGAUCGGGUGAAGAUGCUCAAGAGGCCGACAUUUUAACGCUGUUUAAAUAAUUAGGCGGCGCCGCACUUACUCGGUUGUCCGUGUCUCUGGUCUACCGGGCCGGUUCACUGCGCAGGUUUGGACCGCGCGCCAUUUUGUGAAAAUUGACACAAAAUUCCAAAGCCAAAUUACCAGAGGACGCGGGUCGUGUUUCGUGUUAAAAAUACACGGACUGCGCCCGCGCUACCGAGCGGGUCGUGGAGGUCGACGCCAAUUUUACAAAGACUGCGUAAAAUCAGUUUGACGUACCUUUUAUUUAGCGGCGGCUACGAUUGUUAGCUUGAGGCUAGCCUGGGAAGCUAGCGCUAGCCACGACAGAUAGCUAACGUUAGCUGCGUUCAUUUUGUCAACUAGCUAGCCAAUUCGCUAAGGUUAGCUACUGACUUAUGCGUGCUAGUUAACGUUAGCAUGCUGCUAGUCAUCAGCUGAUGGUAACGUUACUGUAAUGUUGCUCCGAUUGUCGACGUCGUUCAACUAAAUCUCUAUCGAAAUGAAGAGUUUAUUAGAUCUGGCUGGUGAAUUAUUGUAGUAUUUGCCGGUCCGAGGAAGGGGGGGAUCGGAUUUAACGUUAUCAAUACUCGCUAACCGUGCAGGGAGGGGAGAAUCACCAAGCUGGAGAAGUUUCCUCAUCAUACAGGUUAUUGGACUUUAAAUGAAGAUCGUGCCAUCAGAGUUGCUUUGCUGCUGGACUCUCCUCCCAGGAUGAUAUGAAAUUUUUGCAGAAGAUGCAUCCAGGAGGAGAGACUUCAGCAUGCAAACCUUCGUCUGUCCGGCUUGCGCCCUCUUUUUCUUUACACACUGCUGGUCUUCAGAUGGCUGCUCCAAUGCCCCAUACGCACCAGCAGUACAGUGACCGCCACCAGCCAAGCACUGACCAAUCUGUUACGGUCCUACCGUACAGCGACCAGACACCACAGCUCACUGCCAAUCAGAGGCACAUGCCCCAGUGCUUUCGUGACCCAACUUCAGCUCCCCUGAGGAAGCUCUCCAUUGACCUUAUCAAAACAUAUAAACACAUCAAUGAGGUGUAUUAUGCAAAAAAGAAGCGACGGCACCAACAGGGUCAGGGCGAAGACUCCAGUCACAAAAAAGAAAGGAAAGUCUUCAAUGAUGGCUAUGACGAUGAUAACUAUGACUACAUCGUCAAGAAUGGGGAGAAGUGGAUGGACCGAUAUGAGAUUGAUUCCUUGAUAGGAAAAGGAUCGUUUGGACAGGUUGUGAAAGCAUACGACCGUGCAGAGCAGGAAUGGGUUGCCAUUAAGAUCAUCAAGAACAAGAAAGCUUUCCUCAAUCAAGCCCAGAUUGAAGUGCGCCUCCUAGAGCUCAUGAACAAACAUGAUACUGAGAUGAAAUACUACAUUGUUCACCUAAAGCGUCACUUCAUGUUUCGGAACCACCUCUGCCUCGUGUUUGAGAUGCUUUCAUAUAACCUGUACGACCUGCUUCGAAACACCAACUUCCGUGGCGUCUCGCUCAACCUCACCCGGAAGUUCGCCCAGCAGCUAUGCACGGCGCUGCUUUUCCUGGCCACGCCCGAGCUCAGCAUCAUCCACUGUGACCUGAAGCCCGAGAACAUCCUCCUAUGUAACCCCAAGAGGAGCGCCAUCAAAAUAGUGGACUUUGGCAGCUCGUGCCAGCUGGGACAAAGGAUAUAUCAGUAUAUCCAGAGUCGCUUCUACCGCUCCCCAGAGGUGCUUCUGGGAAUGCCCUACGAUCUGGCCAUUGACAUGUGGUCUUUGGGUUGCAUCUUGGUAGAGAUGCAUACAGGAGAACCUCUCUUCAGUGGAGCCAAUGAGGUGGACCAGAUGAACAAAAUAGUGGAGGUUCUCGGCAUCCCACCUAAUCACAUAAUGGACCUAGCCCCAAAAGCCAGGAAGUUCUUUGAGAAGCUUUCAGAUGGCACAUGGAGUGUUAAAAAGACCAAAGAUGGCAAAAGGUAUAAACCUCCAGCUUCACGGAAGCUCCACUCCAUCCUGGGUGUGGAGACAGGGGGGCCGGGUGGGCGGCGGGCAGGGGAGUCUGGCCACGCCGUCGCUGACUACUUGAAGUUCAAGGACCUGAUCCUGCGGAUGCUGGACUACGACCCCAAGAGCCGCAUCCAGCCCUACUAUGCCCUGCAGCACAGCUUCUUCAAGAAGACGGCGGACGAGGGGACCAAUACAAGCAGCAGCGUGUCAACGAGCCCCGCAUUAGAGCAGUCCCAGUCUUCAGGAACCACCUCCAGCACCUCCUCUAGUUCAGGGGGGUCAUCUGGAACAAGCACCAGUGGCAGAGCAAGGUCAGACCCUACCCAUCACCACUUACAUAGUGGAGGACACUUCGGCACAGCCAUGCCAGCCAUUGAUGGGGACAGCCUCUGCCCACAGGCUCGACAGGCCUAUCCACCUCCACUGGUGUGGGGAGGUGGAGUCGGACCAGAGUCGGUCACCGGCGAGACCCACCCAGUCCAGGAGACCACCUUCCACGUUCCCCCUCAGCACCCUAAGGCCCUGCAUCCCCACUCACACACUCAUCACCACCACGGGCAGAUGAUGGCAACACGACCACGCCCACGCCACUACACCUCCCCGACACACAGCUCCUCGACGCAGGACUCCAUGGAGGUGGUUCACGGCCAUCUGUCUAUGACCUCCCUGUCUUCCUCUGCUUCCUCUUCCUCUACAUCUUCCUCUUCCACUGGGAACCAUGGCAACCAGGCCUACCAGCUCCGCCAUUUGCCCGCCGGAGCGCUGGACUUUGGUCAGAAUGGUGGGCUGAGCAUGGGGCUAGGUGCCUUCUCGAACCCACGGCAGGAGACUGGCAUGGCAGCGCACCCUGCAUUCUCCAUGGGCACGAACACGGGGCCUGGUCACUACCUAGCGGAAGGCCACCUGAGCAUGAGGCAGGGCAUGGACCGGGAGGAGUCUCCAAUGACUGGAGUGUGUGUGCAGCAGAGUUCGAUGGCCAGCUCGUGACUGCACUGACAUUUGGCUGUGUGUUCCCCCCUGUGCGUCAUUUUUAAGGUGGUGUUUUUUACUACAAGGUGUGUUGAGAAUAAAAGCUGCUCACAUCAGAAGGGAGAUAUCACUGAACCGCUACUACAGAGGGAAAAAACCUUUGUUAAGAAGAAGUAUAUAUGUAAUUUUCAUCAGUUUUCUUUUGCGACCAUUAGGCACAAAAUAAUACUGCGGAAUAACCAUAGUGAGAUCGAGACAUCCAUCUUACCAUUUCACCAGUUUCAUGUAAUCCCCAUUGGGUAUUAUGUGGCAAAAAGGAGCAUUUCAGAGCAACGUUUGAAGCUGUUAUCUCAGAUAGCUAGCUGUCAGCGAUGAUGAUGCUUGGCGUCCUCUUUCACGGACCGCCUGACAUUACUGUUCCACUGGUUUGUCAUUAUUUUUGCCCUUUUUUUCCAAGCAAAAUCUCACAUGGGGAAAAAAAAGCUGCUUGUAAAUCCUGUAGCUUGACAUGGAGGGGAAGUGUUUGCGGUGAUAUUUCUUGUCGGUCGGUGUCGUGUAACUGUUCGAGGGGAGCACAUAACAGUGGAGUCCCUAUAGCGUGUGCUGGCCAGGCGGAGGUGGAUACAGACACCCAAGUGGGUCAAAGGAGAGGGAAGCACCACCCCUCAGGCUAAGAGGCCCCAAAAGUCCUGCAAGCUGCAAACGGGCCUGGCACAGACGAGAGCAGCAGCGGUGGGCAGGGAGAUGGCAAGGAACCCAGUCCAGCGAAAGGAAUACCGUCGGUGGCUGGUUCUAGAUAACCUUUUGGCCUUAUGACUCAUGGACUUGGAAUGGGAUGGAGUUGGACAUUAUCAUUUGAAUUAAGAUGGCUUUUCUCUAUUUUUCUCUCUAGACAGCCCUUAAUUAUUUAAGGAAAUUAAAACAUUUUAGAAAAAGGUAAAUAAGAAUGGUAAUUUGAGGCCUUUCUCGACAAAGAUUUCUUCUUCAGCAGGGCCCCACAUAACAGGGUCUUUAUUGUACACAACAACCUCCUAAACAUGACUUCCUUGAAAAAUCUUAGUCACUGGUAAAGGAUUUUGCAGUGGAAAGAACUAUCCCAGAGUCUACCCCUUUUUAUGUUUUCUUAUCCCCCUCCCCCUCCCCACCCUGCAUGUAGUUCCUCAUCAGAACCACCUGCACAAGUCUCUCCAUCCAAAACAUGGAAACUGAAGAAAAAAAAAGAGUUUAGUGACUGCCUUUUUUCUCCUCAAAUUAUGCUGUGAAUUUUACAAGAAUUUAUUUUCCCUUUGGAUAUGUUUUUAUACCAAAGCAGUUGUUUUAUAGCAUAUAGGUGUCUGUAACCAAUAAUGUAGCAGUUCACCACUUUUGACGCAAAGUCUAUCAAGGUCUUAUUUUAACGUCAUUACAAACAGCUGCAAUAUAUUUCGUUAGCAAAACUGGAGAGCGUUGUUCAGACCGUUGGCUAUUGUGUACUCUGGCCACAUUUGUUUGCGACCUUUUACCAAAACUGUUUCCAUAUUAAUUGGUAGAUUAUUUUGGGAGUCUUUUAAAACUUUGGUAUGUUAGAGAAUUUGGUAGUUACUCUGCAGGCUCCGGAGUAGCAAGAUAGAAGAUGAUGGGUUCGAGAAAAAAGAAAAAACAAAAAGGAGACUAAUGCGUUCUAUUUCUGUGUUGUCGUUUUUCUUUUUCUUUGCCCCAUCAUGCAUACUAUUUCAAAGGGUUUUUGCUGCCUUUCAUACAUUUGGUCAACUUGGCUACAUGUUUCUGCCGUAUAGCAAGGCUGAAUGGUUUUGUUCUUAUGUGCUAGGGCAGAGAUCCCCUAGAUUGUUGUCCUGUUCAAAGGGAAAAGGUUGUCUGUCAGCCCACAAUCAUUUUUUGCCUGGGCAGACAUGCAUGUCCUCAAAACAUUAGUCAGUAACCAGAUGUUCAUGUCUUCUCCUUUGUUUUGUUUGGGUUUUGUUUUGUUUUUACAUCAGGGAUUUUGAAGUGCUUUCUUUCUUCUGUUGCUCAUUUGACCAGCUUUGAAAUUAAGAGGAAAUAACCUGCCCACGGCCACCUGUCAAACGGAUGACAGGCCACACGUCAUGCUGUUGUCAUUGAAAGGAGAAACCAUACCAAAACCAUGCUUGGUCUUUUCCCAUAAACACCCAAUGUAAAGCUACCUAUAUUGAGACUGGGGGGUUUUAUCUGGAUGUCAAGGUUAAUUGCAAAUUUGCAAUCAUUUUUUUCCUACCCCGCCGAAUUUGAGAUAUUUAGACAUUUGCCGGUGGUUUUUAUUGCUGGCACCUCGUACUGGUACUAAACAUUCCAAAAAUAAAGACUGAAAAAGACAAAAAAAUUGACUGCAGUGACUCGUAAGUGUGCGCCUAUUUCAGAUCAUGCUGAUUGACCUCUUAUUUAGAGCAGUUGUCAUGAAAUGCAGCCCCUUUUUAAUAGUUGAAAUAGAAUUUAUGUAUAUAUUUAUAUUUUUUUAAUAAAGGAAGUAUAGAACUCACUACCUUGCUCCUGCUGGUAUGUUGAUUAUGUUUGUCAAUUUGGUGACCAUUCAUUGGGCAGGAACUCCUGUUUUCUUAGUGGCAAAACCUUGCCUUGUGGCAAAGGUACUUGACUACAUCAGGACAACACUAUGAGGUAGGGUUUGAAUCAAACAGGGAAAGCUAGAUCUUCAAACCUUAAUAAUUUUCACAGGGUAUAUUGUAAGUGCAUGUACAUCACAAACCUUACUUUUUGGUUCUAUGAGAAGCACAUGGUUGGAAAAAAAAUCUAAAAAGGUUCCAUCUUUCAUACGCCUGUUCUGUUUGUGGGUUCUACACAAACAUGUAAUCUUGUUGACAUAUCUGAACACCCAGCAGAAGUGCAAAUCCUCUUACUUAAUUUGGAUUUCUCCUUUUUUCAUUUUAUAUUUCACUUUUUUUUCACAUUUUUUGUACAUGCAACAUGCACUAUAGAAUUGAACAGCAUGGGGGAAAGGAUAAGUCCAUGUAUCCACAGAUUGUAAGAUCUAGUCAAGACUUUGCUGUGUUUAUGACAAUGCCCUUUGUAUUAUAUUAAGACAGUCUUAUGUAUGAUAUAUAAAAAGAAGUUAA